UUUUAAACAUGUGGCAUUAAAGACAUUUAUACCACCCUUUCUGAAAAAUGCUGCUUUCAAUUUGAUACUAAGUAUGUCCUUUUUGUAAUCACAGCAUGAAUCACACACCAACCCCGAAAGUCAAAUCUGAUGGGCGAAAUGAUGACAAUAGCAAGCAUCUCAAUUUUGCGUUGUAUAUCGUCGGAAUCAUUUGUGUAAUGAUCCUCGUGUUUCUCUUGUUGAUGGUUCGUCACUAUGUGAAGAGAAAACGAAGAAACGACUGCAGACCCGUAGAAGAACCGAAAGCGAACAGUGCAGAGUGUAAGAGUGUAAGAAUUGACAUGUCAACAGAGGGUAGGAAUGGAGAUAGACAGCCCCUCCUGUCCGGCACCAGUGAUAAUCUGUCCGUGAUGACAGAGCCCGUGGAACUGGAUGAAAUAGAACAUCCUGGAUUACCUUCCCCGAGUACAGAGGAUCCCCAGGAUCUGAGCACAGAUGGAGAUUGUGCUUUCGUGAUGGACCAAGAAGCUCUUACCAAUGUUACAGACGGAGACCCAGAACACGGCACUUCUGACUCGGGGAAUUCGGAGACGACGUCCACUGACGACGGCACAGACAGCAGUACAGACCAGGAGGGUAUUGGUGUGGAUCUGGUGACGGAUGCCACCACUGAGAAAUUUUCUAGAAAAAUCCUGUUUGAGCGGCAGUGGUCCCACCCGUUUGAUGGGAGGGGAGAGAGAGAAUAUUACAGCAGAGCAUCUGGGGCAGAAACGAUGCCAGUCGUUGAUCGUAUUUCAAAGGAUGACUUGUCUUGUGGCAAAGAGGAGGAAAAAAAGUCGGACUAUUGACGAGAAAACCCUACACAUUGCUUCCAAAUAUCUGGUGCCUAAUAGACUCUACUUGUUGGUUGCGAGAGAAUUCAGAUUGGAGGAAGCAGAUAUUGAUAUAAUAAAGUACAAUUAUCAGAAUGAAUCUGUACAAGAAGUUUCGUACCAAAUGCUGCUGAAGAUUUCACAGAUUGAGCGUCAUAUGACACUGGACGGCUUAAGAGAUGCUGUAGAGAAGCAUGACCGACAGGCCUGGGAAAAUAUUUCAAGCCACUUACCUGCAUGAUGAAAAUGUUAAUUAGAAAUAUCUCAGGCAAUGUACAGCGAAACCUGUCUAAUCCGACAUGCACUGGGGGAUGAAAUUUUUUGUUUUUUUAAACAGUGUAAAAAAAAUGAAAAUAUAGGGAUGGGAAUGCCCUGUGAAAUGGAAAGUAGUGUGUCUGAUGAGGCAGUUUUUACUGUACAUGUAUAACUAGAACAUUUCUCUUAUACCAUUAGAAAGUUCCAUGUCUGAGACCAUCAUAAACAUUAUUUUGCAUCAAUAACCACACAAACUUGAAACCAAGGCAGCAAUAGCUUAUUUUUUUUAAAACCCUUUUUAAAAAUAUUUUCAUUGAAGUAUUCAUAGAGCAACACCCACCUGACUAUCGCUUUAAAAAAAAAACCUAUCUAAAAACACACCACCAUUUCAAUCAUGUUACAAAACCUUGUACUACUGUAAUAUUGUAAAUCACUAUAAU